AUGAAGCAACAGAAACAACAACAACAACAACAGCUCCUCGAACACAACAACUACAACAAUCUACACAGCGACUCGAGUCGCCACUGCGCCCGCUGCACCACCGAAUUGGGCCGCAUCACCAACCGCGGCGCCCCCUGUCGCGUCUGCAAGCUGCGCGUGUGCAAAGCCUGUCGCGUCCAUCACGCUCUGGACUGGGUGUGCGUGGUGUGCCACAAGCAACUGGAGAUCCAAGCCGCAAGCGGUGAGUGGCUGAAGGAAGCUUAUGCAUCCUGCGAGGCAGUGGAUCAUCUGAGCACCAGCGACGUGCUUCGGAAAAGCAUACGACGCUCCUGGACCAUAUCAAAUCCCGAGGACGAUCCGAAUAAUCCGAAUGCACAGCAACCCAUCGCUGAUAAUUUGUAUCCACAGCAGCAGCAUCUGAUUGAGGCACAGUCUGCGGGCAGUUAUCCAGCACUGCACCAGCAUACGUUGCAUCAACACUCACUUCACCAGCAGCAGCAACAAUUGCAGCAGCAGCAGCAACAACAGCAGCAGCAGCGACAGUCGCAUUAUAAUAGUGGCAGUGCCACGCCCAUUAGUGGCAGCAAGUGGGCGUUGGGCAGACGUGUUCUCCGGCAAUCGACACUACCCAGCACACUGAAUAACGAUCCCAAUCUGAGUGGCAGCGGUGCCAAUUUGUCCAACUAUAAUUCAGCCAAUUUGACAGCGCCAACAUCGCCACACAAACUGCAACAGAAUCCACUCUAUCCGAGUGCCUAUAAUAGCGACGAUAUAAUCCAUAUGAAUACGGCAGCGGAUUGCGAUAAUUACGCACAGAUCCAGUUGCAGCAGGUGCAGCCACAAUUGGAGGCAGCUUCGGUGCCACCGUCGCACAGCCAUCGGUUGCAGGUGCGCCGUCAAUCGACGCUGCCGGCGAAUCCAUGCCAGGCACAGGGGCCACCCAGCAUUUAUAUGUCCACGUCACCGAAUCGGGUCUAUAGUCGUUCGCCCGAACGAUCACCGGGUGAACAGCAACGUUAUCCGCCCUUCACCAGGCAAACAUCCUUCCCGGAGCCACCCAGCAAUUAUCAUCGCACCAAGUUGCUGCCCAGCACAGCUAACCUAAAUAAUCAACAAGCACAGCAAGCCCAGAACACAACUCAGGCUGCGCCACCUCUCAACUAUGAAUCGCAAUCUUCGAGCAUGGCCAGUGAUGAAUUGGACUACGGCCAAUCGUAUAACAAGCCACGCAUGAUGCGUCAGGCGACGCUUCCCAAUCCCGAUCAACAUGUCAAGCUGUUGCCCACAUCGCCGCCGAAGCGUCAAACAUCGCCCUCAUUUCGUCGCUCACCGGAAUUUACACGACAGCAAACGUUGCCUAAUCCGGAGGCAUUUGGCACUGGAAAUACGCUGACGGUGCAUCAGACACCGCCGGCCAAAUUUAUGCCCAUCUCGCCGAGAACCAAACAGAAUUUCCUAUUUCCCAGCGUGCAGAAUCCCCGGCAGUUUUUGUCGCAACAAAAUGUGCCGACGGUGGGUGCCACAGAUCUCGGUAGCGGUGGCAGCGUGGCAAGUGGCGCAGGCGAACAAUACUCGAGCAGUCAGAGCGUGAAUAUCCAUCACUCGCGCGAUCCACACUCGAAGAUGAUUAAGGUGCGCAGUCACAGCAACGAGGAGUACUCCAACAGCAAUAAGAGCCACGUUGAGAAUCGUCGUCUGCUGCCCGAGAUUCCCACCAGUCAACGCUCCUCGAGCCGCUCGCCCAGUCGCCUGGUGCGUCAGGAUUGCCUCAAGGAACAGGACCAUGGGUCACGUACCUUUGGCGAGGCCAAGCAGCAGUUCAAUCAGUUCCCCGAUGUCAGCGAGGAGCGUGAAUAUGUCGAUUAUUUUGGUAAUAGUGCAACCAGUUUUCUGGAAUCGGAUGAGGUGCAAUAUGAGAAGAACUACAAUGCCGGCUUCAGCAGCGAACCGCGUAUCAUCUACAACGAUGGCUCCGACGAUGCCAGCUACAAGCCUAACCACACUCGACCCAUCUACAGUGCCGAGAACAUGCUCACCGGCAUCGACAACAAUAGCUAUGGUGUUGCGGCUCCUUUGGCGCCCGGCUUCUAUACGGACAUGGGCGGGGGCGGGCAUGUGAAGCAGCACAGUGGAGCCGCCCUGCCGCGCACACCCCUCAUGCACAAUCGCAUGAGGAGGCGACAGUCGCGAGAACUGCCCGUGCCUCCCGAGCUGACUAGCACAACAGAAGCAAACUACGCUCCUGAAGCAGCAACAACGGGAGCAGGACCAACAGCAGCAACAGCAGCAGUAGCAACUGCAACUGCAACUGUUUCCAACGAGCCGGAUCGUCGCAAGCCGGAACAGAUGCGUUCCGUUUCAGAGGAUUCGGGUGCCAAAACGGCACCCAAGCCAGUAACAAGACGCUCCUUCUCGCAUCCCGAAAAGGACUCGGUGCCACCAAAGAAAGCGGAGACCUCAAAAAUACCCAGCCCGCGACCGCUGGCCGAUAUUCUGGAUAAGACGCGUCUGGGCGCCGGAGCAUCCAAAAUACCGCAAGCCCGCCGCCGGAACAGUCGCGGCGAGGAGGGUAGUAGAGUACCGCAGCAUCACUACUCCUUCCAUGAACUGCUUAAGCACCAGAACUCUGAUUUAACCAACCGCUUGAAAAAAACGCCAAUUCCCGUUAACACAGUACCAGACAAACAGGAGGAGGAUAAGCAGGAGCAGCAACAAAUUGGAGCAGCGGACAAGUCCGGCAAUAAGGCAACAAAUGAUAAUGCAGAUGGUGGUUCAGCAACGCACACUUCAACAUUGGGGGAGCAGGAGCUGCAGAAUGCAGUGGAGGCAGCGGCCGUUGUCUUCAAGAAGGUCGUCCUGCAGCGGCGCAAGGAGAAGGAGAACAAGGAGAAGGCCGCCGAGGAAGCCUCGCCGCAUAAUGUGGCAGCUGGCAACGUUUCGAGUGUGGAUGCCAUGGAAACGUCAUCGUCAUCGGAGCUGGAGUUCAGGUGCAGCAGUGGCAUCAGCAACGGUUUCACUGGACGCGCACUUCAGUCGCAGUACAGCGUUGAAGCCGAUGAGUUUAAAUUAGUUUUUCUCAACUCUGACUCCUCAUCGUCCUGCAAAGAAGAGGAAGAAGAGGAAGAGGAGGAGGAGGAUGCAGAUGAUACAGACUCCGCUUCGAGUUCCUCCUGUUCCACGCAUCACUGCCACAGCAUUGUGAGCAAUGUGGAGGAUUGCGAUUGGGAUUACUUUGAACCAUCGAUGAUAGCGGCGACAACAACAACAACAACCACAAUGAUUGCCUAUGCCAGUGCGACAAGUGCAACGCCAACGCCACCACCACGUCUGCGUCGCCGUUCCAGUGACUCGAGCGAUUCCCCCCUGCUCCAACGGCGGGGGCAACUGCGUAGCUAUUGCUCCAAGAUUAGAGAGAGCGAUACGGGCACCGAUGAGGAACUGCAACUGCCCCGCACUGAGAGUAGCUCCCAGACGAGCUCCGAUCAGACGCCAGCAAUGCCACUCAGCAUGAAGGCAAGGAUCAAGACACGUUUCCUCAAGAGCCACCAUCACCAUCAUCAUCAGCACCACUACAACAAUCGCUGCAGUGGCUGCAAUGUUGCCGCAGCAGCAGCAGCAGCAACCACUCAGCCACAAUAUGUGCCCAUUCCUGUGCCGGUGCCGAUUCCCGUGCCACUUGCCGCCUACCACAGCUGGCAGCUGGAGCAUCCGGCGACACCGUUGCUCGAGCAGGACGAACAAUUGGCCGCCUCGCUGCAACAACUGUGGCAGGCAGCUGCCGCUGCAACCUCAACGACAACAACAACACCCAAUUCACCGCAAUUUGCGGCAGCAGCAGCAGCAAUGGUUGCCUAUUCGCAGCAAUUCGCCGCGGCAAGCAACAUUAACAGCAGCAGCGACGCUGAAGAUGAGCGUCGCAGUCGACGCAGGCUGGUGCAGCGCAGCUACGAUGUGGCUCAAGCCAUGCAACAGCAGCAGCUGGAGCAGGAGGAGGCGCCACCCUUGAUGCACCAUAGCACCACAGAUGGCAGCAGUAGCAGCUCCAGUUCCAGUUCGAGUUCCUCGUCGGCAUCCUUUGAUUCGGAUGAAAUGGGAACUGUGGCAAAUUGUCGUCCGAAAAGGCGACGCUUCAACAAGGUGUUUGUGGUCAAUCAGCGGCAAAUGCGGCACAGUUCAAGCAGCGACGAGGGCGAUUCUUCGUCAGAGGCAAAUCUCGAGGAUUCAUCCGAUAAUGAUACGGACACAGAGCGCACAGAUUGUGGCAUAAAACUCAACUAUGUUAAGCCAAUAACAGAAGCUGUAACAGAGGCGGUAACAGAGACGGAGACGCAGGCAAUACAAGAGCAACAGGAACCGGCAGAGACGCAGACUGAGACACCGACAGAGGCAGCACGUGAUGCUAGCAGCGACGAUGAUGAAGAUGAUGAUGAUGUCGAUGAUGUUGUUGAUGAUGAAAGUGAAUGCCGACGCCGCAGUCGUCGGCGCAGUCGCCGCAUUGCCAACUCAAGCGAUGAGCUUGCCAACUGCAUUGUUGUUGUUGGCGGCAGCACAGAUAACAGCGCCAACGAUGAUGGCGGUGUCAUUUUGCAUCGCAUGCGUGCCUUGCCAGACGACGACGCAGACGCCAACGUCAAUGUUGCUGUGGAACAAUUAGAGCAAUCAUUUGAAUUGAGCAGCGUUGCUUUGGCUGCCUGCGAUGAGUUGCAUAGCAUUUCGAAUGAUGUGAAUCGCUUGUUGCAGUUGCACAAACAGAAUUCACAGUUGGAAUUGAAAUUGCAGCGACUGCGACGCGGCGUUGCUGAAAUCAAUGAGGAUCAUCUGCUGCUGCCGCCAAGCACCGAAGCAGCGAAGCCAAACGAAUGCAAAACAAAUAUUGAAAAAGAAGAAGUAGAAAAAGAAGAGGAGGAGGGGAAGGGUGCGUUGUCUGCUGUUUGCCAUUCCCUGAAAAGUGUUAAUGUAAAAACGAAUAAUGACGAAAGCGAAGCAGCGCAACAAAACAGACACAGUCAAAGCAAAGAGCGUAAACAGCAUGUAAAAGAAGAAGCAGCAACAACAACAGCCUCGCUUGGUUUUUCAUGCCAACAGCAGCAGGUAAAAGCAAACAGCGAUAAUAAAGUGACAGCCAUGCAAACAUCGGCGACGACCAUCAAAGAGCGAACAGCUGUGCAAACGCAGCCAGUGGCAGUUGGAGUGAGAGAGCCAGAGUCGAAUGAAGUAAGAGAGCGGGAGGGAGAGGCAGAGGGAGUUCGUGUGCUAAGCAGCGAAGCAUGCAAAAUAAACGACGACUUAAGCGACUCGUUCGACUCUCACUCUCGGCCCAUAACGAGUAAAGCACCUGAAACGAAGCAGCAACAGCCGCAGCAGGUAGUUGUGAGAGCGGCGGAUGGUGAGCGUAAUAAAGAGAGCGCAAUUUUGCUCUCAAAACAAGAAGAAGAGGAAGAAGAACAACAACAACAAGAGCGGCUACCUGUUGCUGCUCACGAAGCCGAUUGCGCAGGCGAAACGAAGUCAAAGUCGAAGUCGAAUGCGAACAGCAACAACCACAUUGCUUUUAGCCAGAACUUUGGCAAUGAGUCACUUGGCAUUGAGUUGACGCCAAGUGAACGGGAUUUAUCACGAGAUUCCUACAGUGUCGAUUCCCUCAAUGAAGCCCAACCCCCGAAACCUUUGCCGGAUGAUGGCCUCGCCGAUGAUGAUUCUUGGGUGGAAGACCUCAGUCAGGCUGAGGAGGAGGAUGAGGAGGAGGCAAUGACCACAACACCCACAGCCACCGAUUCGGAGGGAGAUGGUGAACUAUCCAAUGGACGUCUCAUCUACAUGGAUAGGGAUCGGGAGGACGAGUUGAGGGGCUAUAAUCGAUCGGCAAUUGAUUUUACGCUGCACACAAUUGUUGAGGAGAGUUGCGAGGAGAGCGAAGUGGCCUCGAUGAGAGCGGAUAAUGAACUGGACGCUGAGCUGGCAGAGGAGGAACACGACGAGGAGGAGCUGGAACAAGAUCUGGCGGAGCGGAGACGUCAGCGCACCUUGCAACAUCAUCAUCGACUGAGCGCCUCCGAGUUGGAAAAGUAUUUCUUCUUUGGGCUGGGCGAUGGCAAAGUGAUGAGUUCCAUUGAUACCCGUUAUGAGGAUACCGCCUCGGAGGUGAGUUCCGAGUGUUCCGAGGGCAUGGAUUCCCUGCCACAUGAGGAGCAACUGCUCAUGGAUGGUGGAAAUAGUGCGGCCGAUUUGGCAUCAUCGCGACUGGAAAAGUAUUUCCUGUCGGGUUUCAUGGGCUUCAGUGGUAGUGGCGCUGGCGGCAACAGCGGCGAGAAGCAACCGGAGAGCGAUGCGAGUGGCGGCAGCGUGGGCAGCGAUAGUGAAGGACAUCCGAGUCCCAGUCAGCGGCGCAAGCGUUUAGUACGCGCCCGAGGCACACCUCGUAGUCACAAUUCCUCCCUAGACAAUCUAUUGUUGCCACCUGAGGCGGAUGCUUUAGUGGAUGCCACGUGCUGUGCUGUGGCAGACACCUCCGAAUCGGAGGCAGGCUGCGACGAUACCGUGCUCCAUUUGCCCAGUGCCUGUGAGCGAGCCUCCGAUGGCAGUUCUUCGGACACCAUUAAACGCAAGAAGCAGUUGAGAAAACGACACGAUUCCCUCGACGAGAAGAAGUUGCACGAGGAUCUAACGACACCUGGUGCUGUUGCGGAGCAUCUGGCCACAACGCAGGCCAAGAAGCAGCAGCAUCAUAGUCGCGACAGUGGCUUUGUGGGCAGCAACGAUGAUCUGUUGAAGACCAGCCCCGAAGUGGAGCCACAAUGCAAAUCUCCAACGCCAGCUUUAAGUCAGAUUAGCGAGGAUCGCGAGAAACUGGAACUGGAACUGGAACCCAGCACAAGUCAAGCAGCUGCAGCAGCAGCAGCAGCGACGAUGACGACCACACGAAGGAUAACUCUAAUGCCCAACAACAGCUCGAAUCUUGUGCGCAAGGAUAGCUUCAACAAUUGGAGCUCCGACGAGGAGACCAAUUUGAUGAUGAGCAAAAUGCGUCAGUUCUUCAAGACGCUAAUUGUGGCCACGGCGAAUGCUCAAACACAGAAUCAGAGUCAGACUCAGACUCAGAAUCAGUCGCAGGGCAGCACACCCAGCUCCGUGAGAAGAUUGGGCUGCAAAUCGGGAAAGACUUCGCGUCCAGCUCAAUUGGCGUACUUUGAGAAUGAAUUGACGCGUCUGAUGAAAACGGUGCCGGGUAUCAAUGAUGAACAGGUGCGCGAGAUCGUUGAAUAUCUCAGCAGCGAAGAUACCUGGUCGGAUUCGUAUGAUUCCUCGGACUAUACCAGCUCCGAUCUGGAGUGCAAUGAGCACAAGGGUCAGCUGAAGGCACAAAUCUCGGCAAGCUGCCAGCAGAUCAUCAACAAGUUCGAGGUGGAUGAGGAAGGAGUGCGUGGCGAUGGUGGCUUAUUGGAUGAAACGCAUGCUUUAAAUGGCGACUCGGCUUUUGUCUACCAGAAACUGGUGGCUUCAUUCAGCAAGGUGGCCGUGGAGCAACCAGCUCAGCCCGUUGAGCUGCAGCAGGAGGAUGUCCAAGCGGAGCAGCGAUCCCCGCAACUCUUUGCCAAGGUGAUGCAACAUAUUGGCACACGUCUGGUUGCGCUGAUGCAUGAGGUGAGCAGUGGCAAUGAGACGCCCACCUCAACGCGACACAGUCGCCGGCAACAGGUGAAGAUAUCGGCCAGCACCACCGAGGAUGAGGAGGAUGAGGCUGAGCAACUGAAGGCAUUGCCUCUCAAACAACUCAAGUUGCGCAGUCGGUCGCAUGAUUUGCUGCUGGAUGGGAAUGCGCCUGGACAAACACAUGGACAUGGCUAUGGACAUGGCCAGGCGCACAUGUUGCAUGCUGCACAUGCUCAAACUGGAGCAGUUGGCGGAGGAGGAGCAACUGGAACAGGAGGAGUAGGAGUAGCGGGACCCACGUCUGGCACGGAUGCCACAACUGGCGAAGAAUGUGGCAUUGCCAGCGAUUAUGAGCGUUUCUCGUGGCGCGGCAGUUUUGAGUCGGCAUUACUGGCUAAUGGCGAUAGCAGAACGAGGCUCAGCCAGCUGAGCCAAUUGGACAGGGACAACUCGUCGUCUGCGUCCGCUUUGGCUGUGGCAAAGCGCAGAUCUGCAGGCGACCUGCUCUUCAGCCAGCAUCAGCAGAGUCUCAGUCGCGAGCAGCUCGAUCGUGUGCGCUCCUGUGGCAGCAUUGGCGGCGGCGACGCCCAUCAUCAUCAGUUGGAGUCAUCGCCCGCUAAGCCGUGGCUCUCCUCGGCCGACUCCGCGAAGGAUGUGCGUCGCUCCAGUGUUCCCGAUGCCAUCUACGAAACGGAUUCCAGCGAUGACGCCUCCAAUUCCAACACCACACAUCGUUCGACGUUGCCACGCAGCUUGACUGGCAGUGGUCAGGUGGCAAGCACCAAUUCGCUGCCACGUCUGCCUACGACCAGUGGUGCAUCUGUUCCAUUUACGAGCACGCCCAUCGUGACCAAGUCACAGAAUGCUCUCAAUUAUACGCCAGCCUCCAUGGCGACGGGCAGUGCGAAGAGUGCUCGUUAUCGCUCGCCAGGAUUGGCGGCAAGAGCUGCGGCAGCCAACAGCAGCAACAGUCGUGCUCGAGUGCACCAGCAACCAUAG